AGCUUGUGAGAGAGAUAAAGACAAUAUUGUUUGCAAAUAGAUCAGAUCACAGUAUAGCUACUAGUGUGUAAUGUCAGGUAGAAACAGCAACAUGGCAAGUCACACUGAUGUGGGUUCACAGAUGUCCUCGCCGAUGGCGUUUAUCUUUGUGUUCAACCUGCUUCUUGGAGCAGGUGCUCUAGCGCUUCCUGCAGCAUUUGCUGACGCGGGCUGGCUUGUAAGCACUGUUCUUCUCGUUAUUCUGUGCUUUGCGAGUUUCGUGUCAGCCUCGUUCAUGUGUGAAGGGAUGGCUAUCGCUAACGUGCUCCAGAACGUGGCCUGUCCUAAGAAAAACGACAAUGUGACAGAAACAGAACAGUUAUUGGCUGGAAGCGCUAAUGAUACAGAAUACUACAGUAACCUGAGUUUACAAAUUUCUCAGUCCCAAGCUUCCCUAGGGGGCUCCAGGUACAGCUUCAGGAUCAGUAAAAGAAUAGAAAUGGCGGAGAUGGCGGAGAUAUUUUUCAACAAAGUUGGUGUGGUGUUGUUUUAUGUGGCAGUUAUAAUAUACCUCUACGGGGAUCUCGCUAUUUACACAGUCGCAGUGCCUAAAUCCCUUGCUAAUGUCAGCUGUAUACCAGAUCUCCGUGAUGAACACAAUGUUACGCUAUGUUGGAACGGAGUCUCCCACGACGCAGCCUACAGAAUAUUUGUUCUUAUCUAUGUCUUGUGUAUAGGCCCCUUUGUGUUUUUCAACGCUCAAAAAACGACACUUCUGCAGAUUUUUAGCUCUAUCCUCAGACACACAUCAUUCUUCAUUAUGGUAGUUAUCGCCAUUGACCGCAUCAUGAAACACAAACACGGUGUCCCAAAACCACAAGAUGUAAAACCAGUCAUCUUCGACAAAAUACCAGAUUUCAUAGGAGUGAGUGUCUACUGUUUCAUGUGCCAGCACUCUCUUCCUUCCUUCAUAACUCCCAUGAAGAACCAGAACAGAGCCACUCCCGUCCUCCUCUCUGCCUUGGCUGCCUGUCUCGGUAUCUACGCUGUCGUCUGCUAUACGGCUACUUUCUCCUUUGAAAACCUUGAGGACGUUUACACGCUGAAUUUUGCAAACUUUGGCGUGAUACCUAUCCGAUAUUUUUUGGAGCUGUACCCGGUGUUCUGUCUGACCGCCAGCUACCCGAUCAUCGGUAUCACACUCAGGAACAAUCUCAAAACUCUUUUUUCCAAAGAAGAAUAUCCCUGGCUCGUUGACAGGGUGGUAUUUCCACUCCUGACGAUAAUCCCACCGACUAUUAUUGGUAUGUGUACGGAGAAUGUGGAGUUCCUGGUCUCGUACACGGGUGCGUUUAGUGGUGCGGCCAUUCAGUACAUCAUACCUGCCUGCUUCGUCCUCCUCGGCAGGAUUAAGAUUAAGGAAGUGUUUGGGAGAGAAGCUUCCUCAGUGAAUAAGAACCACAGUGUGUUCUCUUCUAACCUGUGGCCCGUGGUUCUGUUGGUAUGGGCAGGGUGCUGCAUGGCAUUCGUUUUAUACUACAAAAUAAACGCUGCUUUUUUUUCGGAUAAUUGACUGUAGAUUGAAAACUGCGAUAGUAUAGGGGAUGCAGCGACCAGAACAGUGUUAAAUUUGAAACGUCUGACAUAAGCUGUCAAAUUUGACGGUUGAUUCAGUAGGCUCAUUAUGAUUAACACUAGGCUAGGGGGUGAUUAAUAUCCAGUGUUGGACGUUGGUGUUAGUGUUCGGUACUCACCUUAAUUUUGUAAUGAAUGUUAUUUAAAUAGUUGAAUCAUGUAACAUUUAUGUUAAAUUCAGGUUUUUAAAAGUUUCAGAUUUGAUUUUUAAAAUUUUGUUAGGAUUUAAUUAUCGAGUUUGUUGAUAAUUCUCCAUACUAAAACAACGCUACUGAUUUAGAUUUAUGUGAUGCGAUGCUGGUACGUAGUCAGGGGGGGGAGGAGGAUCUGGGCAAUGGAUGAAAAGAGGCCGAAAAAUUGGUAUCUGCACUCUGCAGUACAGUAAUACUAAUUAGACUAAGGUAUAAUCAGGGGUAGGAAGCGGGGGACUUUACAAUAUGCAUCCCUUCUUCAAACCACACUUACUUCGCAAAUGCUGUCGGCAAGCCUUAAUAUGCAUAUUAAAUCGUAUUAUUUGAAUAGUUUUUGAAAAUGAUCUCUAUGAGUCUAUCGGCACAUUUGACAUUGCUCGGCUAGAGUCUAAACCUUUUACACGAGCAAAAUCGUCAACAAUUUUUAGCGUACUGUAAAUUGUUCGCCAUGUAUUGAUAUCCAUCUGCUAACAGAAUUAGGACAAGAUGCAGCUUUUGUGUUUUGGCCAUCCUGCUAUAAGCUUAUGCUGGUAUUAUCAUUUCGUUUUUGUUUUAAGUACUAAUCAUUUUCUCUGUUCUUGAU